CCACACCAUCGAUCAUCAUCACAACCAACACCAACCAUCAAAAACCAACAAAAACCAUCAACCCAACCAACUUCACUAUCAAUCAACCACUCUAAAAUCGAGCACCGACGAUCGGAUGAACAACUCAGAUUUAGAAACACACACUCUCGAUCGAUAAAGAAUCAAACGAACUGGCCAAACUGAACUCAUCUUACGUAUUAUCAUGCUCGACCCCUUCACUGGCCCCUUACCAGCCGAGAUCUACCCUCCUCCACCGAACAAGAGGGCCGACACACUGGCGAUCAAACAGGCGAUCGCCGAAGCUCUGUCGGAGGACGAAGGACUCGCCUAUUGGACCUCACUCGUCAAAUUCCUUACGGGGAAACUCGAUCGGACCGAAUUCGAAGUUCAAACAGCUUAUCUACUCAAAUCGGAAACAUUGGUCGGCUUACACAACGCAUUAAUCUUAUCGAUCCUUUACAACACCACCCGGCCGGAUCCGGCGAUCUCCAAUCCACUCAAGGAACCCGGCCCGUCUACGACUGGCGAGGGCUGGCACAAACGGAAACGAGUACCCGUGCCUCCGGUGCCUCCUAAAGUCAAGACGAAGAACGAGGAGAAGGACCCGAAGAAACGCAAGCUCAAAGAGGCCGUCAUGGCCCUCGGCCAACGCGAAAGGAACAGGCUCAAACAGAUCGCCUUGUUGAAGGAAAACGAACUCGAACUGAACUCGAACAAAUUCAAUCCUCAGCAACUUGCUCCUCGCCAGCUUUCUGCUUGCCAUUAUCUCUAUCCCGAACGCACUGAAAACGUGAUGAACACUCCUCUGGCAUCAAAGAUGAAGAUAUCCUCGUCCACUCUGUAUCAAGAUUACAUGCGAUGUCAACAAGCACCAAUCUGUUCCGAAUCGAAGCAGCUACCGGAUUUUGACACGUUGAAGGACCGGAUGUCAUUGAUAGCGUACGAUUCCGGGCUAAUGAAUGGGGUAGACAAGGCGGCGAGCUCGUUGGCGCUGAUAGCAUUGGAGGUACAUCUGAAGACGCUUUUGGGAGACUUGCUAUCGCUGAUCCGAUCGGACCGCUCGGUGGCCACUCCGGCGGACUGCGAGCUAGCCACGACGAUGUCUAUCGACCGGACGCAGCCGGUUGAGUCGCAGAGCCAAAGCCUCACCGAAGCCCCCGUCGCGUCUACAUCUGCCCGGCCGUACUCCUCCCCCGCGGACCCUCUCACCCGGCCCGAUCCGACCUCAAGCCCCUCGAAACCUGCAACAGUCUCGCUGGCCAAUCAAGCCUUCCAGGCCAGCUCGAACCUCCGUCUUCGUGACUUGAAAACACAGGGUCUUGCACCUCAUCUCACCUCCCGCGACGUCGCUGCACUCGCCGAAAUCUCUCCCCAUGCAUUCGGAAGAACUCAUCCGGCAGCCCUCGAACGACUUAUUGCAGUCUGUAAUAGUAGUAAUGAUACUAGUAGCAGUAGUACUACUACCAAUGGUCAUACUGAAAAUCAUCCUGAUCGAAUCAUUCAUAACAAUCAUCAUACUAAUAGUAAUGUAAACCUUGUAGAAAAUUACCUCUUAAUCGAACAAAAGAUCUGAUUGAUUUGUUUGUUUUUCGACUGAAUAAUGUAGAAAUAACAUUUAAAAAUCAUU